AUGUCAUUCACACCAUCGGUGCGGUCGUUGCCAUUCACUCUUUUUCUUUGGCUAUGCAUCAACCUCUUGCUGAGCACGAAUUGCAAUUCGGUGAAUGCUUACCUUCCAACCUGUCCAAGAUCAUCCAAAACAACCGCAUUGGGAGCACUUUCUCGUGAGGAUGAAAUAAGGAGGCAAAUUGUCAAGCUGAAGAAGCAAGGAAAGAUUCGCAGUGACGGUGAUAACUCUGCGACGAGUAGUGAGCCAUCUACGAUGGAGUCCUAUGAUGAUAAAAUUCGAAACAAACUAGGGAAAAAGAAAAGUCAAAUGCUUGGAUUUGGAGGAAAUGAUGAUUUCGAAGGAACGGAAGAGAAUCUAGAAGACUUGAGAAGAAUUCAAGCCGAGUUGGAUGAAGAUGAUGAUACUGAAAAUGAAAACACUUUCAAUCCCAGAUCCCCAGGUCAGAUUGGGUCGCUCCCAGAAACCUCACCUACGACUACAGAGGGAACAAUCCUGGACACUCUCCCUGGUGGUGGCCCAAAAAUACAAGAUGAAAAGCCUAUUACAACAGCAACGUCAAAGUCAACAGAGGAAAGAAAGCCAAUCAUCGAUCCUUCCUUAUUUGAUGAAGAACAACAAGAGGAAAUGUCGGAAGAAGAUCUUGUCGAACUCGUAGCCCAGAAAUUAGCAGAGAAAGCGAGAGCUUCAGAACAAAAGAGAGCAGAAGAAGCAGCAGCCAAUAGAGCUGUAAAGAUGGAGCAACAGGCAAAACAAAGAGAAGCACCGAAUAUGAAUAGUGGACGAACGACGAGUGGAGUUGGUGGAAAGUGGGAAAAAGAAGACGGAGAAGAAUCUUCGGAACUGUACAAACCAAAAUCGGGGAGUUGGGGCGCCUUUCCUCGGCCCAGAAAUAUCAGUACAGCGUACGGCGGUGGCCGGAGAGUUGGAGUUGGAUUUUCCAACGAAGAAGAUGCCGCUGCGGAUGUCAACACCAAGAAACUGUUGCAGGAUUAUCGAAGAAAAGUCGGCAUUGAUGUUCCCACAGAGAAGGAGCAUGCAGCUGAGAUUGAAGAGGCCCUCAAGAUUGGUCAGCUUGCCAUGCAGCGAGGUAUCUACACCACUGCAGUCUCAGCGUUGGAAAAAGUCACGAAGUGGUGUUCCACAAACUCAAAAGUUGGUAGUCAAAUUUAUCUCGAACUUGCAAUGGCAUACGAGGCAAGUGGACGGACCCAAGAGGCUAUGAAGGUGUACACGACUUUGACGCAGUGUCGAAUGGAAGAUGUCAAAUUCAAUGCUAAGCGCCUACUGUAUGGAAUGGAGGCUAUGGAAGUCAUGAAAGCUGUAUCUUCGGAUUUCUCGCGAAAACAAAUCAAGAAUACAUUCAUCGAAACCACUGGACUCAGGGAUAUUGCAAAAAAUUUUGACGAUGUCUAUCAAACUGCCUAUGUGGAUACCGAAGGUAGCUUUUACAAGAAAUUGACGCAAUCCGCUGUUCGAUCGAAUCGUGAGGCACGUCAAGUCCUGUUGAAGGCUACUGGAAAGGGAGAAGUUCCACGCCUCAGAAUCGUUCAAGCAUUGCGAAGUAUUGCUCGCUAUUUCGAUGACGCACUUGAAGCAGAGAUCGCCGCCAAUACAAAAAUCGAACCAACCGCAUUUAUUGACGGAAAGCCUCUUAUCAUAGAAUCAAGGGAAGAAAAAGAUUCUAGCACCUCCGUCAAUCUGGAUGAAUUCGUACUUGCCAGCUCUAAGCAGAUGAUAGAAAACCUUGAGGGUACCUGGCAACUGCAGCUACUUGCAGAUAAGACAGGAGAUGGCGUUUCCUUCUUCAACACGACGAUUGCCACUCAGAAAUUCUGCAUCAGAAGCAUGACAUUUUCAGCCUCGGGCCCUUCAGGUUUGACUCGAGUUGAGAAGUCUGGCGACAUUACUUUUGAAGUUGAGAAGCGGAUACUAACGAGAUCAAUGGAUGCAUCAUCAAACGACGGAGGCAUUUUCGGUUUCCUAGCUGGUGGGUCAACCUCGGGCUUUGGCGGAGCAGUAUCACGGGAGCAACAAAUCAUGAGCGUCGACUCGGUUCUUCUGAUCACGAAAUCCCCAAUGGGCUCCAGGCAGGGAAAAGGCGCGGAGAAGGAGCACUUUUGUGUUUGGAGAAAAGUUAUAUAG